GGGUAUCCUCAAAGUCUUUGGAAUAUGUUUGAGUUCCAGUCACUCGGUACUCCUCAGUGAUGACUCUAUCAUGGAUGUCCAGUUCUGUUUCAGCCUGCACGUCAACAUCAAAGAUAAUCCCAUAUCUGCUGCUGACAUUAAUAUCAUCGUCGAUAUGUGAAAUCGAGGUGGAAAAUCCGGACCCUUGCAGUAACGUAGUGAACUUUGAAGAAUGUCUCAACUUUGGCACCAGAUUGAGAAGGCAAGAGGGUUAUGUAUAUGAAAAGCCUAAAGUACCAUUCGAUGAGGGAACGAAGCCUCCAAGACCUCCCAGUAUCCCACAGCCUACUCAGACACCUUACAGGCCACCUUCAACAGCACAGGCGCCGCAAUCCUAUAAAUCAGUGCCUUCGCAACCAGUGACACCAGGACACUCCUAUCCUACAGCAAAACCUACGGGGUAUGAGUAUCCGAGUCCCAAAGUUCCAUUCACUUUGCCACCUGCUAGCACUUCAACGACUUAUAGACCUCCUCCGUUUACGCCAGCACCGUAUCGCCCCCCGCCAUCUAUUCCAGCGCCGCUGUCUUCAACGCCUGCACCAUAUAGACCUCCUUCAAGCACUCCAGCACCGUAUAGACCUUCUCCAACACAACCACCCUCAAUAUCAACUGGUUAUGUAUACUCUACUCCAAUCAUCCCAUUUACGGUACCAACAUCACCUCCUAGACCAACGUCACCUCCUUAUAAAACCCCUCCAAGCACUCCAAGCACUCCAGCACCUUACAGACCACGUCCAAGCACGCCCGCGCCUUAUCGACCACCUCCAAGCUCGCCAGCACCUUAUAGACCUACGCCAUCUACACCAGCACCAUAUAGACCUCCUCUAACACAACCUCCAUCAAGACCAACUGGAUACGAAUACUCUACUCCAAGUAUACCAUUCACAGUGCCAAGAUCACCUCCUAGACCAACUUCGCCUCCUUAUAGACCUCCUUCAACUACUCCACCACCUUACAGAGUGCCAUCUACUCCAGCGCCGUAUAGACCUCCUCCAAACACUCCAGCACCUUAUAGACCUCCACCAUCAAUUUCAGUACCGUAUAGACCUCCUCCAACACAACCUUCAUCAAGACCAACUGGUUACGAAUACUCUACUCCGAGUAUACCAUUUACGGUACCAACGUUGCCGCCUAGGCCAACAUAUAAGUCCCCUCCAAGCACUCCAGCCUCGACGCAGCCUCCAUCGAAACCAACUGGGUAUGUGUAUCCUACUCCAAGCAUACCAUUCCCAAUUCCAACUGCACCUCCUGCUAGACCUACUUCACCUCCCUACAGGCCACCGCCUAGCACUCCGGCACCUUACAUACCACCACCAGCUACUUCACCACCAUUAAAACCUCCACCAACUACCCUAGCACCAUAUAGACCUCCGUCUACGCCAGCACCAUAUCGACCACCUCCUACACAAACUCCAUCAAGACCAACUGGGUAUGUAUAUUCUACUCCAAGUAUACCAUUCCCAAUUCCAACUGCACCUCCUGCUAGGCCUACUUCACCUCCCUACAGGCCACCUCCUAGCACUCCGGCACCUUACAAAGUACCUCCACCUACUUCACCACCAUACAAACCUCCACCCUCUACCCUAGCACCAUAUAGACCUCCUUCUACGCCAGCACCAUAUCGUCCACCUCUUACACAACCUCCAUCAAGACCAACUGGGUAUGUGUAUUCUACUCCAAGCAUACCAUUCCCAUUUCCAACUGCACCUCCGGCUAGACCAACUUCACCUCCUCAUAGGCCAUCUCCUAGCAGUCCGGCACCUUAUAGACCUCCACCGUCUACUCCAACGCCCUACAGACCUACUCUACCACCAUAUAGUCCUCCGUCUACGCCACCACCAUAUCGACCACCUUCUACACAAACUCCAUCAAGACCAACUGGGUAUGUAUAUUCUACUCCAAGUAUACCAUUUCCAAUUCCAACUGCACCUCCUGCUAGACCUACUUCACCACCAUACAGACCUCCACCAUCUACCCCAGCACCAUAUAGACCACCGUCUACGCCAGCGUCAUAUCGACCACCUCCUACACAAACUCCAUCAAGACCAACUGGGUAUGUAUAUUCUACCCCAACCUUACCAUUUCCAGUUCCAGCUGCACCUCCUGCUAGACCUACUUCACCCCCUUACAGGCCACUUCCUAGCACUCCUGCACCUUACAGACCACCACCACCUACUUCACCACCAUACAGACCUCCACCAUCUACCCCAGCACCAUAUAGACCACCGCCUACGCCAGCACCAUAUCGUCCACCUCUUACACAACCUCCAUCAAGACCAACUGGGUAUGUGUAUUCUGCUCCAAGUAUACCAUUCCCAGUUCCAACUUCACCUCCACCUAGACCCACCUUACCACCGUACAGACCACCACCAAAUACUCCGGCACCCUAUAGGCCUCCUCCAUCUCUCCCAGCACCGUACCGACCGCCUCCAACACAACCUCCAUCAAGACCACCUAGUUACAACUACCCCAGUCCUAGUGGUCCAUUCACUCUACUCACUCAGCCUCCCUUCAGACCCACUUCACCUCCUUACCGUCCUCCAAACCGACCUCCGCAACCUCCAUACAGACUGCCCUCCAGUAGCCCUGCUCCUUCCAGACAGCCUCCAUCAUAUGUACCUCCUGCGACUACUCCAAGACCUAUUACUAGACCUCCUCCGCCACCAACGUUCAAAAGCACAAUAUACAUUCCCCCAGUAACCACACCUAGACCUUCAACUAGUCCUCCGGUUAGUUACUUGCCACCAGCGACAACUAAGCCUCCAGUAUAUGUACCACCUGUCACAAGACCUCCAUCAACCUAUGUACCACCGGUGACUACUAGAAGACCUCCACCUCCUCCAACACAACCGCCAGUAUACAGACCACCCUCAACUUAUGUUCCUCCUGCAACUACUAGAAGACCACCACCCCCUCCAACGCAACCGCCUAUAUACAGACCGCCCUCAACUUAUGUACCUCCUGCAACUACUAGGAGACCUCCACCUCCUCGAACACAACCACCACCAGUAUACAGACCACCCUCAACGUACUUACCUCCUGCAACAACCAGGAGACCUCCCCCAACACAACCGCCAGUAUACAUACCACCCUCAACAUAUGCACCUCCUGCAACUACCAGGAGACCUCCACCUCCACCGAUACAACCACCAGCUUAUGUACCUCCUGUGAUACGACCUCCUUCAACUUAUAUACCUCCUGCGACUACUAGGAGACCUCCACCUUAUCCAACACAACCACCAGUGUACAGACCACCCUCAACCUAUGUACCUCCUGUAACUACUAAGAGACCUCCUCCAUCUCAACCACCAGUAUAUAGACCAUUCUCAACCUAUGUACCUCCAUCAACCACUAGAAGACCUCCAUCUACUCCAACACAACCGCCAGUGUAUAGACCACCCUCAACUUACGUACCUCCCGCAACGACUAGAAGACCUCCUCCGACACAACCAUCAGUUUAUGUACCUCCUUUGACACGACCUCCUUCGACUUACAUACCUCCUUCGACUACUAGAAAACCUCCUCCUCCAACGCAACCACCACUAUACACACCUCCAUCAACAUACGUACCUCCUGCAACUACUAGAAGACAUCCACCUCCUCCAACACAACCACCAGUAUAUAGACCACCCUCCACUUACGUACCUCCCGCAACAAGUAGGAGGCCUCCUCCGACACAACCACCAGUUUAUAUACCUCCUGUUACACGACCUCCUUCGACUUACGUACCUCCCGCAACGACUAGGAGAUAUCCUACACAACCUCCAGUAUAUGUACCUCCUGUGACACGACCUGCUCCGACUUAUGUACCUCCUGCAAUCACUAAGAGGCCUCCUACUCCACCUACGCAACCUCCAGUAUAUGUGCCACCAGUAACACGACCUCCUGCAACUUACGUACCGCCUGUAACCGCGACCAGGCUUCCUGUACCUCCUUCAACACCGAAACCUACCGUCUACAUACCUCCUGCCACCACUCCCCGGCCAACGAUACUUCCAUCAAGGCCUACAGUAUAUACUCCUCCAUCAACAACCUAUAGACCUAAAACGACUCAAGAGGAUAGAAGUUACCUACCCCCAGAGCCUAGCGGAUAUUCCUAUCCACGGCCUCAGUUUGGAUUAGUAUUUUAA